AUGGUUACCCUACCACUCACUAUCAACCACGAUGUAGCCACCGACCUUGACUCCACCAAUGCCUUUGAAGGUCCCGAGAAGCUUCUGGAGGUGUGGUUUGCCCCUAGCCCCACCGAUCUACCACCGAGCGCCCAGCCGACCGGCCUCAAGGCUGUUUCGCCCGAAACUUGGAAGGGCAUGCUGGAUAUGGUCAACUGCGAAGUCUUGUCCGUGCUUGAGUCCGACCAUGUCGACGCAUAUCUCCUCUCCGAGUCGAGCAUGUUCGUCUUCCCUCACAAGCUGAUCUUGAAGACAUGCGGUACCACCACCCUUCUCCUCGGCCUUCAGCGCUUACUUCACAUCGCCGCCGUCGAUGCCGGUUUCCCGUUCCACAACGCCAAGGCUGCUACCGAAAUCAAGGCUGCCGCCACUCCCUACCGCUUUUUCUACAGCAGGAAGAACUUUUGUUCCCCGACAAGCAGCGCGGACCCCACCGCAGCUGGAAGCAGGAGGUCAACCUUGACCCCACCGGUAACCCCUGAUGAGGAAACGACCAAGGCGCUCACCGGCGCUCCCCGCGCCACCAAGAUUCCUGCCGGUAUCAGCCACUUUGUGCCGUCCUCGGCCGAAGAGGCAUGCGACGAAACGCUCGAGAUCCUCAUGACCGACCUCGAUCAGGAGAAUGCCAAGCAGUUUUAUCUAUCCCACGCGAGUGCGGUCGCUAGUGAUAGAGAGAGUGCCGCCGCUGCCCAACAGCAGAGCGGGCCAACUGCGGGUACCGAGAAUGACCUCGGCGAGGUUGUCGAUGUUUUUAGCAAUGGAUGUGAAUCCGACCUCCACGACCACGCCAAGCCCGGCUCCGAGGCCCCCACUACCACAGAGGGCCAUACCCUAGGCACCGUCGUCUCGGACAACUCGGGGCUCUCCUCCAUCUACCCAAACUCGGUUUACCCCGAUGCUAGGAUCGACGCCUACAUGUUCAGCCCUUGCGGAUUCUCCGCCAACGGAGUUGUUCCCGCCCCGCCUAGCGCCAAGGAUGAUGCCGAGGGUGGCGCGAACGGCGAGGCCGCCAACGCGGCUGGGGCUACUCCGAGCGCGGCCCAUUACUUCACUGUCCAUGUUACGCCCGAGCCUAACUGCUCGUUCGCUUCAUUUGAAACCAACGUUCCCAGCAGCCCCCACGGGCGCAGCACCGCCGAGAUCAUCGAACACGUAGUUAACAUUUUCAAGCCCGGUCGCUUCAGCGUCACCCUGUUCGAAGGCGCCGGCAAAGGAGAGAAUACGGCUGGCAAUGACGAGAGCCUAGCCCUUAGUCGCCGCAGGCACAUCACCAGGCACAUUGAGCCCGUCCGUGGGUAUCGCCGCGUUGAGCGUAUCUUCCACGAGUUUGACGACUACGAUCUUGCCUUUAGGUACUACGAGCGCGAGGGUUGGAACGGCGCAGUCGGUACUCGCGUGGGCGAAGAUGACUAA